UUUACCACAUCACUUUGCAUUAUCAUUUAUUAGUGAUUUUGAUUACACUAAAAAUGGAAAGUUACCACAAAUAUAUAAGUGUUACAUUCUUUUUCUUGUCUUUAAUUCUUCCUCUUACUUUAGCCCUUCAAGUUGGGUUUUAUAGUAAAACUUGUCCAAACGCCGAAACUAUCGUUCAGCAGGUGGUGCAACAGCGGUUUGCGGCGGAUAAGUCUAUUACCCCGGCUUUGCUUCGUAUGCAUUUUCAUGAUUGUUUUGUGAGGGGUUGUGAUGCCUCUAUAUUGAUAGACUCCACUUCUACCAACCAAGCUGAAAAAGCAGCAGGCCCAAACGGGUCGGUUCGCGAAUUUGCACUAAUCGAUCAAAUCAAGUCCAAACUCGAACAAUCAUGUCCAAAAACCGUCUCUUGUGCAGAUAUCAUAACACUAGCAACCCGAGACUCGGUUGUCCUAGCAGGGGGUCCAAAGUACAAUGUCCCAACGGGUAGACGUGACGGGCUCAUCUCACGUUCGAGUGAAGUGAACGUACCCGGCCCAUCUUUCACCGUCUCCCAAGCCCAAAAAUCCUUUAGUGACAAAGGAUUAACCCUUAAUGACAUGGUAGUCUUAUUAGGUGCACAUACUGUUGGAAUCGCACAUUGUAGUCUUUUUCAAGAUAGGUUAUCCAACUUCCAGGGAACGGGAUCUCCUGAUCCUACUAUGAAUAAAGCUUUAGUUACAAAGCUUACGGGUGUUUGUGGAUCAAACCCGAACGUAGAUCCUACUGCUUUUCUUGAUCAAAAGACGCCUUUUGUGUUUGAUAACCAAUACUACAACCAGAUUAAAAGUAACAUGGGGGUGUUACAAAUUGACCAAGAGCUAGCAUUGGACUCGUUAAGUUCUACGUUGGUUACUAAUAUGGCAGCAAAUAAUGUUGGGUUUGGACAAAGUUUUGCAAAAGCCAUGGUUAAAAUGGGGAGCAUUCAAGUUCUUCAAGGAACUUCUGGAGAAAUUAGACAAAAUUGUAGGGUCCUUAACAAGAGCUAAAUAGCCGCCAUAUUUAUAUUUGUAUAAAAAAUAAAUGUAUUUUUAUAUUUUUAAAUUGUAUAAUUAUUGAAAUGUUGUGGCAUAUGUGCUCCAUAAGAUGUUAAGUAUCAUGUGAAAAAAGCUAGAUACAUACAUCAAUACAUUAAAGAAUUAAGUGUAAUAUAUGGAUUGCAAUAAUAAAAUGGUUGAUUUAUUUUAGUUUUUCCAAGAA